GAUGGGCACCCGAAGAGGAGACCCACCCGACCGUCGUAUGACUGUUGUAUGGAGAGGUCUAAAAAUUUCUCAGUUCUUACUUUCUAGUUAGCAGCAGCCGACAAAUUGUGAAAAAUAAAUCUGUUCUACGAAGAAGUCGGUCAACGAAUCUAGUCAGGACUGAGCUUAACUUUGGUGGCUGCUUGCAGACGGUACUCAAGGAGGGCCUAGCAGGCCCGUCAUGCUGAAGACGUUCGCCGACGGUUGCUACUGCUGACGUCAUGGAGCUUCGAGGCUCGUCUGCUCGCUCCUCGUUCAGAGACGACUUACCCCUUCUAAAUAACCCCCCAAAUCAGGCGUCUGCAAGACCAAAAGCUCAGGGAGCAAAUCCUUACCAUGACAACCAGUCGACGGGUAGCCGCACGUCCUCCGCUUACAACAGCUACAGCUUCACGGCCACCGGCAGCUCCAGCAGCGCCGGCACCGCCGCCUCCUCCAUCCGGCGGCGUGGCAAGAUGUCCGUUGAGGGCGACUGGCGGGUGGAUGCUACCCUCAAACAGCGGGAAGACGUGCGCCCACUCGCACUGAUCAUACUUCCGGUGGUGAAGUGGGUGGUGACCAUUCUGGCCGCCUGCCUCAUCUUGGCGGCGCUGAUGUCCGCCAAGGUGUCUCUACUAGUGCUGGCCCAGAAGCUGCGAGAAGCACGGAGCCAAAACGACGCCAACGACGAGGGGUGGACGAGGUACACGGCGAUGUUUAUCCUCAUGUUCCUAGUUCUCGCCAUCCCGCCUGCUGUCAACAUGCUCCGCGCCUUGUGGUUUGGGGUUCUGGACAAAGCCGUACCCUGGCCCAGCAUCAAGGGCAUCUUUCUGAGCGUGUUGAAUGCAGCGCUGGAAGCUGUAGGUCUGUGUGUCAUGUGUUACUGGGUGCUGGGUCAGUACUCGCCACCCCUGUCCUUACUGCUGCUGGCGGCGCCCAUACUGUUGCCCUCUGUGGAUAACCUCAUUCUGACCUUGACCCUACGUGGAAAGAAGCUGGUGUCGCUGCUUCCGGUCUGGCUGUCGUGUUUCGGGAUGGUGGCCAGUGUGUUGGGGGUGGGCGUGGGUGGCUACCUGCUGUCAGAGACCACGACACUCGACACCAACCUCUGGCACGUGGUGAUAGCCAUCUUGUGUCUGUCCAUCGCCUGGUUACCCAGCUUCCUCCGGCGCCUCGCUCUGACCGACGAUGUGGACCCCUCCUUGGAUAGGGACAUAGAAGAGGAUCUCACCCUGAGCAGCAGCAACACCAUUUCCAGCUCGGAGCUGGAGAGGCGGCACGCACUGGCACACAGCUCCGCGGCGCAGCAGGUUCAGUUCCUGCCCGCAGCCUGGAAGGCCGCCUUCAUCCUCCACACCUUCAAGCUCCUCUUCGUUAUCGCCGCCAGCAUCCUCAUCUACUCCUUCGAUUCCGGGGUGAGCGUGUCUCGGGUCUUCAGUGGCAACCAGUCGGCCUUCAUCGAUGCCUGGGACCUGACCAACGCCGUGGACAGCUCUGCCGCCCUGGUGGCUGUGUCUGUAACCAUGGGAACGGGUCUUGCCGCCUACGCGCUGUCCUUCGCGACCUGUCACCUGCACAUCAUGCGUGGCGCCCUGGCCCCGCCCCUUAUCCUGGUCACGCCCCUCGUGCUGACCCUGCUACUGGCCAGCCCCAUCUGCGAGGCUUUGAUUGACAGCAUUUGUGAGUGGGACUCGGACUACGUCAUCUUCUACCUGCUGGGUGGAAUCUGCUUCGCCGUGGCUCACCUGGGCUUCACCUGGCGUCUCUUCCAUUCUGAUCCGGUCCUUCUGCUUCAAGAAAGCAAACUGUUUAUCAUACCCGGGUACAGCGGUGCUGCUCAAGACACGGGUAUCCUGCUGAACGCCAGGCCCAUCCUCAGCAGUCUGUCCGGCAAGAAAAAAGUCACAUCCAAAGGGAAAACCAAGAUCUACAUCUGCACGACGAUGUACAGAGAGGAAGAACACGAGAUGCGGCAGCUGCUGGAGUCCAUCAACCUCAUCAACAAGGCGCAGGCGGAGGGCGAGCGAUGCUUCGAGUCACACAUCGUCUUUGAUGGCGGCGUCAAGCAGCGCGAGCUGUCCGAGUUCGCCCUCGUUCUCGUCUCGCUGCUCGAGAGCACGCUGGGAAUCAAGCCGGAGACCUGCACGAAGGUAGCGACACCUUACGGCCUCAAACUGAGCUGGGCUUUACCUGGGCCCCGCAGCAAGGCCAUGCCAUUCAACAUCCACCUUAAGGACAGCAUGCUGGUGAAAAACAAAAAGCGAUGGAGCCAAGUAAUGUACAUGUCUUAUGUGCUGGAUUUUCUGGAACAAGAGGAUGAGGAGAGCUUUAUUCUGACCACUGAUGCUGAUGUCCUCUUCACCCCGGACUCGGUGGAAGCGCUUCUGGACCUCAUGACACGUGACCAGUUCGGUGCCGUAUGCGCGCGCACACACCCCACGGGCGGUGGACCGUUAGUUUGGUAUCAGCUCUUCGAGUACGCCAUCGGCCACUGGUUUCAAAAGGCAGCGGAGCACGUGCUGGGGUCAGUGCUGUGCGCACCCGGAUGUUUCAGCGUGUACCGAUGCCGAGCUCUGGCCGAUGUUUUGCCCAAAUAUUCUCGCCGAGUGGAGACGCCCUUCGACUUCCUGACCAAAGACAUGGGCGAGGACCGCUGGCUGUGCACCCUGAUGGUGCAGAGCGGCUGGCGCAUUGAGUACUGCGCAGCAGCGGAGAACAUCACCAACUGCCCGAGUCAGUUUGAAGAGUUCUACAAACAGCGCCGCCGCUGGGUGGCGUCCACCCUGGCCAACCUCAUGCUGAUUGUCAAGGAGUGGCGCUACGUGCGAGUCCUCAACUACGGGGUUCCACUCCUCUUCCUCUUCUACCAAUGUCUGCUUCUCUUCUCUACGCUCAUCGGACCAUCCACAGUCAUCCUCAUCGUAUCCAGUGGAUUGUCCUAUGCCUGGUCUGUGGAUGUCAUUGCCACCAUCAUCGUGCAGAUCCUCAUGUCCCUGUUCUUCGCUUUUCUGUGUCUCUACGCCAGCCAGAACUCGCAGAUUACGGCUGCCAAGGCCUACACCUUCAUCUACGCCAUCAUCAUGACGGCCGUGGUGGUGGGCACCGUGCAGCAGAUCGUCGAGGACAUCAGCGAUGGUGUUGACAGACAGUCGUCCGUCCUCGUCAACGACAGCGACUCCAGCACCACCACCACAACCACUCAGUCGCCCAAUCAGCACAUGAGUGUGGACAUCCCGAUGUCUGUUACUACCCUGUAUUUUAUUGGACUGACUGGAAUCUUUCUCUUCGCCGCCAUGCUUCAUCCUCUGGAAGCCUACUGUCUGAUCCAUGGCAUCUGGUACCUGCUGUGUUUACCUUCUGGUUACCUCGUGCUGACCAUCUACAGCAUCUGCAACAUCACUGACUCCAGCUGGGGCACCCGAGAGCAAGCAUCAGUCACGGUCCCCACAAAGGACGUCCCUUGGCUAAAGAGAAUUCGAGAAGUUCUGGAAGAAAUCUUCUUCUGCUUCGAAAGUAAAGCCUCCAAAUCCCAGAAAUACGACUCUGAAGUGCAGACCGGCCCCGUGGCACCAUCAGCGCCACCUGUGUCCGACUCCUCGGUGACCAGCGACAGCACCGAGCCCAAGACUGAGGACUUGGUCAACACGGCGGUGAAGCAGCACACGAUUGAUGUCAACAUUGAAACCUUGUCAGCAUCCGUGCCAGUCCCCGUAGAAGACUGGCUGCCACAGGAGAUGCAUGCCCAGUACCUGCAGCUGUUCAAGCGGCAAGGCUACGAGAGCACCCUCUUCAUCUCGGGUAUGACGGAGCUGGAGCUGAUGCAGCUGGGUGUGACGUCACGCGGCCACAUCCACUUCCUGCAGGAGAUGAUCGCCGUCAUCCCUACCUUCGAGAUCGAGUACAGAGUGCCGGGCAACGUGGACCACUGGCUGAUGGAGAUCGGGCUGGCCAUGUACCGCGACAACUUCUGGCGGAACCAGAUCCGUGUACCCAAGGACAUGGAGAUCCUCAAGGCUCUGGGUCGCAAGGAGAUCGAGAGCGAGCUGGGCAUCAUGAAGGAAGGUCACAUCAAGCGACUGAUGUACGCAAUCUCUAAACUCCGCGAACCUGUUGAAAGACAGCAAAAAGCUAUGCGCAUGCGCGCUGUGCUGGAAGACACGCCCACCCACUUCCUGAAAGACACAAACGCUUACGAGCAAGCAUUCUGGGAGAACCUGCGGGCAGUGUGUCUGGAGCCUGACCUCAAGGCGUUUGGGCUGGAGGGCGAGGUCAAAAAAAAGCUAGCAGAGCUGCGCAACAACUGGCUGAUGAUUCUGGCAGUCAGCAACGCCCUCUGGAUCAUCCUCAUCAGCUCCUUGGCGCCGUACAGCGAGCUCACGGUCCUUGGAGCCAACCCCAUCGGUCUGACAUUUGUCUUCAUCUACGGCAUCCUCUUCAUCGUACAGUUCCUGUCGAUGCUGGUGCACCGCGUCACUACCGUCUCGCACUACUUCGCGCGCGCCCCCUACCGGUGCGGCCGCCCCAUGUACGUUGGCUGGUCCUUCAAGACCUGGCCUAAGGAGCAGGACCUGGAGGACACGGCCGACCGCCUGGCCUUCCAGCAAACCAAGCACGGCGCGCGGCGCGCACUGGAACGACUGCGCAAGCCCAAGAAGCGCGCGCCUCUCUUUGCUACACCGGAAGUAGACGAGACCAAACCUCUUUUGUCCUAAUUGAGGAGCACUCUGUAUAUCUGUCACUGUGAUGUUGCUGUCGAUAACUUUUGGUCUUUGUGAUGCUGACAGCAAACUAAAGCGAGUUUCUUUAUUUCGUGACAAUCGAGGAGAGUUGAGGAAAGAGUUCUCUCCCCUUACAGGGUGUUCAGAGUGCUUUCUGCAUACAAGCGAGCUCACAGGCAUACCUACAUACCUAAAUACCUACAUAAAUACAUAAUACAUACAUAAAUACAUACACAGCACAUUUAUAAGACAUUGCUCAUUCGCUUCUUUGCUCCACACACCAUUCUCCAACAAAUAUAUAUAUUUAUCUACUAUAAAAUGAUUUCGAGAUAUUGUUACAAACAAAGCAUCGAAGUUGUUUUGACGCCCGUGUUGAACUCUGUGUUUGUUGUUCGUGUGUUUGUUUACGUGUUUGUGUACGAGGCGAGGAAGGAUUGCGUGCAUGACUGAGUUAAUAUGGAAAAUGUUGUCAUGUGUGUAUGUAUCCCAGUAAUACUCAGUUGUCAAAAGAACAAAGUUUUCAAAAAAUGUUUUUAAUGACCAUACUGAUGCUUUGUUUAAAAUAAACUGGUUUACUUAAUGUGAUAAACUGUGUGGCUACUUACUUAUGUAUCAGGAUAAACUACAGUCUGUAGUAUGAUCAGCUUGUUGUGACCUAGGGUCAUUCACACACACACAAACACCUGUCUCAUUGUGCCACGAGCUGUCUGUUCAUUCACACCUCAUCCUCGUGAUUAUAAAUAUCUUCUUCUUAAUGGUUGACUGCUCCAAUGUGUGUGAUUUCUCUAAUUUCAUGUCUACUGCCAAUUUAUUUAUAGCAAAAUACAUCUUCGAGACAGAAAAUUAUUUUAAAUAAGCUCUCUAAAGUGUAUAAUCCACCUGUACAUGAGCAGCUAAAUAAUUAUCGCAGAAAUCAUCACCUGGUCAGUUAAACUGCUUUUUUGAUGUUAAAGAAAUUUUCUGUUACCUUUAUCUGUGAUAUUUAUUUUCGUGUUUUAAUCGUUCUUUUAUCAUGCUCCCUUUACAUCUGUGAUUUCUGUUGUGAAACAGAAUUUUUUUAAAAACUUGUCCUUGUUAACCCCGGCAGACAAACAUUGGCAGGAGAGAAGAACAUAAACUACUGACUGUAUGGUCUACCUCAUCUACACUCUUCCUAGUAAUCUUCUGCUGUUCUACUUGUAACAUGCUUUCAUCUUAUUUCUAUGUUAUUUUAGUUUAUUUUGCCAAAUUCCGUACUGUAACUUUCCUUUUCAAUUUUCGUUAUUGUUCAUUGUUACAAUAAGUCUGCGAGAAGUGAAAGCUUUGACAACGAUCACAUGUUGAUUGACUCCUGAGUUGAUGUCAAUUUUCCUCAUCAAAGUGAUAUUAACACAGAUAUUAAAUGAGCGAUGACCACUGAUUUUCUACAGACUCAUGUUCAUAGAUGACACAUUUCAUUAACUGGAAAUACAUUUUCUGUGUAGACAAGUUGUUGUUGUCCAUAUAAUUACUGAGUGAUCUAUGAGCUGUCAUUGACAUGUUACACAAAAUAAAAUUCUGGA